AAUAGCAAUGGCGGCGGUCAGCGCCAGUAGUAUGCUAGAAUUUGUUCGUCGUAUUUUUCGGGAACGACGCGACUAUGGCAUGCUCACAAUCCGCCAGCUCCGUACGCUUUACACGGACGAGCUGAAAGUGAAACACCUGUCUUCCGAAAACCGCGAAGUUUUUGCCUCCAUCGUCACAACCGUCUUCAAGGAAUUUGAGAAUGUGGUCGACUGCAGCAAUACGGACCAGGACUGCGACAAGCUUGGUCGCAUGGACGACGUGUCCGAGGCCCUGGAGGGGGACCUUUACUCCCCGUGCUCCCCGUCCCCUCCCCCGCAGAACGGGAACUGCCGCCCAGACGAUGCGGACUCCCCGUUCAAGGGCCCGGCGUCACGGAACACGCAGGGUGCAGUCGUGUCGAGCAGCGAUUCCGACGACGACGACGUAAUCCGUGCGGUCAAGGAGACGCUAGGGGUGCGCACACACAAGCCCAGGUCCCCUCAAGCGCAGGAACGAAAAACGCCCCCGAGGCCCCUGGUAUUCCCCACCAUGGAGCUUCCCUGUGACGCGUCCGACUCUGACUCCGAAGGGAAGCUGAUGAUCGCGGAGUCGCCCGUCUCCGCGGAGUCGCCGCGGCGAACCUCGGAGGACGGAGAGAUUAACUCGAGACUCACGGAGGACCAGCGGGACGUGAGCCGCGUGUCCGCAGACGCCGCCAAGACGGAGUCGGUCGCCCAGACACCGGCGACGAAGAGCGUCGGCAACAGCGGCAAAAACACCGGCAACAGCAACAACAAACGGAAGUUUAGCAGAAAAAACAAUGGCAAAAGCAACAGCAAAGCCGCCGGUGCAAGCAACAGCAACGUGGGCACGAAAAGUAAACGCGGGCAGAAGGCCUCCCCGGAGGACAGCAACAACAGCAAGGGUCCAAAGAGCGUGGACGACAUGCCGCUGUUCACGCUCAAGUUCACCAAGACAAAGUCCGGCGGCUGGGUCAUGGUCCGGCCCAGGAGCGAGGACUCGGACGCGGGCGACGAGGCCACCCCCCGCAAGCGGCUGCCCACGAGGAGACGGCGUGUCGUUGCCCCCAAAAAGUCGGGCCUACAGGCGAGAGAGAAGGUCACGGCGAAGAGCAUCUUCGACUCGAGCGACGACGAGCCCCUCUCGGAACUACGGAAUCGCGGAGCGGCCACGGCGGCUCCGCCGGCCGUCCGGAACAGCGAGGGCAACGAUGGCACCAACAACACCAACACCCUGUCGGAUCUGGAGCGGAAGCUGGAAGACGUGGAGAGGCGGCGAAGCGACGGAGCACCGGCCAAAAAACGACGGAAGCCGGCAUCCAAACCGCAGUCGGCGGAGGCACCGCAGGUGGCAAGGUUGAUGCGGUGCAUCGCGGCGGCGGGACUCCGGGUCUCCUACGUUCGGCUCUUGGAACCAACGGACUCUGUGCAGGUCAAGGCAGCGAAGCUGCUGGAUGUUCUCGAGAAGGCGGGCCUCAAAGGCAAGCCGACUUUGAAGAACUGCAGGAAACUCAAGGCUCUGCAAGGCUUGGACGAAGCCAAUGUUGUGGACUCGCUGCCAGAGGGCAGGCCAAAACGGACCACAAGGGGUUCCCUGGGCCCGCUCACGGAUGGCGCGGCGCCAGACAUCUCCCAAGAGUCGUCGAUGGUUGCCGACGAAUCACGCAAGGUCUUCUCAAGGUUAAAAGACAUCAUCGACAGCGAGGAGGAGAGCGAAUGACAGGCUAACGGGUGGCCAAGGUAUUGCCAGCCCGUUGCCGGCGCGCCAUCGACGUGCCGCCGGCGUGUCGCCGACGUAAUGCCAGCAUGUGGCUGACAGAUUGGUGGCGUACAGCGAGCAUGUUGCCGAUUUGGUGGCAGCGUCUUCGCCCAUUCUUUUGUACAUAACCCAUUCCCUCUCUCCUUUGCUUUUCUGGCGUUUUAAUUUUUUAUGGUUGUUUUUUAUGAUGUACUGUACUAUAAGAAAUGUAUACAUAUUGUACAUGCAUAGGGUGUGUUGGGACGUAGGUUUAUGGGGUUGGGGCGACGCGGGGUGGGUAAGUUUCGAUUGUGGUUCAACUACUUCCAUCGUUGCAUGUGGUGCAGACGGGUGUGGGGUUUCUUAUAUUUUUUUUUAGGUUACUUUAAUUUGUACUUUUUAUUUUAAAGAACCCCUCCUGCAUUACCUGUCCUUUUUGGUUGGCAGGUAUUGAUCGGUGCAAAAAAAGGUGAAUUUUUCACUAUGGUACUAUACCUUCACUGAUUUUUCUGUUUUUCUUUAGUUUUAUUCUUAAUUUGCUUUUAGAUUGAGAAACUUCAGUGUGGUAUUGACUGAACUUUUAAAAAAGGGUUUUAAAAGGUGGUUAUGUGACGAAAUGCCAGCUAUGAGAGUUGUGAGUUUCUUAGAUUGUUUUGCCUGUGUUUAACAUUAAUGUUUUUCAUUUAGCGACUUGCGCUUCGUGCCAACUUACUUUGUUUUGUCCAAGUAGGGUUUUCUUUGGCCCUGCGACUCAUUCCAAUCUGUCGAGGUUGGUUGUGGCUGAAGAAAAUUUUUUCACUUCGGGUAAAAGAAAAAGACAAACGCAUACUUCUCCAGGCCCAAUCAUACAAGAGCGUUGACUGUUUUUUACCGCUACCCCGAGUUUGCUUCCAAGUGCUCGCUUGUCAAACUUGGAGCCGCAGCAUAAACUGUGCUUUAGAAUAGCGACGUUUCAGCCCUUUUGGUGCCCUAGAAUCAUAAUUGCCAGUAACUUGAAUAUUUAUCUGAGAUUGCAGGAGACAGUGUUCCGUCCUCCAGAAACGUUAAGACUGUCCGCAAUGAAGCCAAUCGAUGUCAUCUGAGCUUCCUGUCAGCAUACCUAGACCUUGGGAGGUUGCGUUUUCCGAUUGCGACGGUUGUCGGUUGUACCUGCCUUGCAAUAGGCACCAAAAUGGCGGUGCCCACAAGAACAUUGGGAAGUAAGGCGUCGAUACUCCAAGCAUAGCCUAUUCGGCGGCUCUAGUCAAACUUACUCAGCUGUACUUACGCAAUGAAGUCGAGAAAAGCCCGACUGAUCGCCUGCGAGUUCUGCGAACACAACACGGCUCGUCGCAUAAAUACACAAGUCUUGCGUUUAAAACGCGAAAGAGGGUGUCGUCUUCCUAAGCCGCGACCGUGUGGCACCUGGGGAAGUGCUGAAAGGGUAAAUUUGAAUUGCAUAAAUUGGCAUGUGGGACAUCUUGUCAUGGUUUCAAAAUGGUGCUUAGAGGGGCACCUGGCAUCUUUAUUUCGUGGUCUCCGAUUUGCCUUGAAAUUUUAUAAACGCACUAACAUAAAUGAACUUUAAUAACCCAAAUAUGAGGACAAAACUUUUCCCAAAGCUAUUGAACUUGAAAAUUUAAUUUUUGCUGUUUCUUUUUUUUUUUUAGGCUAAAAGUUUACAAUAGUGUCAGCAUGUUUGAAUUGUUCCAUGAAUUAUGCUGUUUUUACAAGCUAUUCUGGCCACCAUGUAACUGUAAAGCAGUCAUUCCUUUUGGACUUGCAGUUUUUCUGGGGGAAAUGAGCCAUUCAUUGUCACCGGUGUAUGCGAUUCACUUUACGCUUGCAUUGCCCUAAAGGUGCCAUGUGAAAAAUUUUAUGAAAGUGGUCAAAACCAACUUGUUACUGUCAAAUCGUCUUGCCAGCUUUUUUUUUUUACCUGUCGGACUUCUGUGCUUCAUUAUAUUUUUUUUUCUACUUUUUAGUAUAAAACAUUUUACAAGUUCGAAUUAGACAGUUUUGUCACACCUGAGAAUUCAAGCUUGAAAUUAGUCAAAUUAUCAGGAAAUUAGUCGGAUGGCCUUGCGCACAAAUACCUAAUGUUUUCUCUUAUGACAAUUUUCUGGGAACAUUGCUUUGAUACUGAUAUCAUAUCAUAACCCUCUCUGACAGCAUCCCAAUAAAAGUUCUACAACUUCA